AAAUUAGAAUAUACUUCGAUCAUAUCACUAUUUCUUUUUUAAUUUACAUCAGAGAUGUUUGUCAUGGAUCAAAACCUUAAGGUGGCACAGCAGUUUAUAAAACUGAUUUUGACUAAUUUUCAACAGAAUGGUUGCGUUUUAAACUGUAAGAGUCGUUAAAAUCUUAGUGAUACGAGUUAAACUGCACAUAGAAAGUUUUUACGACCUGGAAUAGUUAAUCAGAUUUGAAAAUGUACAGUUCUACCUUAAAUUAUAACACUCUUCCCACUACUGCUUACAGUAAACCCAUGUGUUGCCUAAAGUAGUAUGUUUGGAAUCUAGAUUGUUUUUGACGUAAGAUAAGUAUCAAGCGCUUGAAUCAAUGAAUUUUAAAGAUGCAAAGAAUGAAAUUCUGCAGGUGUUGUCCAAGACAGAGAGACAACAUCUUCCAGAGCUGUUAGAAUGGUUGAAAACAUCCGGUAAAUUCACAACUGGAAAUGUUGUUAUUGUUUUGUCAGAUGAUCUGGAUGAUUUCUUGGUGGAUAACCAAAGUGUUAUUCUUCAAAGUAUUGCAGAAGACCUAAGGGUUUGCCUUCCACUGGAGGCUAUGGCUCCCUCAGAGACUAUGGCUAUUCAAAAGACUCAACAGAAACCUCAUCCCACUGUGCAUGUGGAUGCUUUCUUAUAUGAUGAGGAAGCUGUGGAUUCAUUGUGUGAGGAGGGAAAAAUAAGUCGCAACUACUGCCUCGAUUGUGGAUCGCACAGAACAGCACCACUGGAGUUCAUUUCACAUUCGUUCUCAAUCCCGGAGCUCCAGUUCCUAUUCCACACCGUUCUUCCAGACCUCUCAGGAAAACUGCUGGUGGAUGUGGGAUCUAGACUUGGAGCUGUGCUAUUUGGGGGCUACCUGUAUAGUGCAUCAUCUCAGCUUGUGGGGGUUGAAAUAAAUUCAGAGUUUGUCAAGCUUCAAACAAUGGCUGUAGAGAAAUAUGGCUUCAGUGACAGAAUUCAGGUGAUUCAUGCAGAUAUCUGCUCUCAGGCUGCCUUAGUGCAAAAUACAGAUGUUCUGAUCAUGAACAACGUGUUUGAAUACUUCAUGGAACCAAGUGAUCAAAUGCAAGCUUGGCUAUUUAUUAGUCAACAUUUCAGAAAGAAAGGUGCACUGUUAGUAACUGUACCCAGCAUUCAAGAGACGUUUGCCUUUCUUCAGGAUGCUGUUUUCCUAGAAACAUUAGCGCUUAGCCAAUGGAUAGAAGAAGUACCACUUGAUCACAUGGUUUAUCUAAAAAAUGACACCGAUCCAGAUUCUCUAAAGCAAAUCCAUCUUUAUAGAGUACUUUGACCCUCAAAGAAGUGUCUUCUGAUACAGUGGAACCAAUGAGCCUUUAACAGGAUAAAUGAUGCAAAUAGAUUUGAUUAAACAUACAGAACCCUCUUCUGA